AUGGCAUCUGGGAGUAGGAAUGACGAUGAGGUCGCUCCUCCAAAAUCAAUAGAUCUGGACGUCGAGCCUCAUCUUUCGUUUACUAUGUUUCAGCAACUACCUGUUGAAAUCCGACUAAGAAUAUGGGAAAGCGCAAUCACACCACGUAUAAUAAAGUGUAAACAUUCCCACGACCGCAAUCUAUUUACAGGACCUUCUCAUCCAGUCGCCCUCCUCCAUUCGAGAGAAGCGGCUUUCCUAUAUGGAGAAUACGACCUUGUAUCAACUUCUCCCUCGAUGGUCUAUUUCAGUCUAAAGUACGAUUAUCUAUGGUUUGAUGCCGGCUGGACAUCAUUCGAACCACCUAGAUACCGAAUCGCAAAUCGACCACCACCUACGAGUCACGAUUUCACGGAGUCGCUUCCAUCGCCCAGUUUGAAACUUCGUAAUAUCAUGAUCCAUCCCAAUUGGAGUGACAAGAGGAUGAAGCCGACGGUCCAGUUCGCAAAUUUCACCAAGCUCCAGCGGGUACUGGUCGCAGCAGACGAGAGGUCGAUCGGAAUCCAGAGUCAAGUAAUGCUUGAUACAAUCUACGACCUCAAGAUGUAUUACACUAUUGCGAAGCAAAAGUUGCCCGAGACUAAGACUCCAAAAAUUGCCGUGGGAUGUCUGGGCUGGACAGGCUCAGAGGGGAAGCGACUAUACCAUACUAACGAAGAUAAUCGACAGCUUGUUGGAAUUUUUGACACUUAUGCGGAGAUGAAAGAUCAUCAACAGAGCUUGCGAGAGUUGGAAUGGAAGUUUACCAGAGAUCGGUUCUCCACUCCUAAGCCCAGCAUCAUUGCAAAAUUGCAAAAGGCGAGAGAAUUGAGCGAGCGAAAUAACCCAACGGGGAUUGGUCACGGUGAGCCAAGCUCUCCGAACAAUGAUAAUUUGAAUGUUCAGGUGGAUAUACCACCAAAUGAGCCGCCGACUUACACGGAUGCGGUAUCUGGUGAUGCAGAUGCUGGAGGACGGAUAUUAGAGUCCACCUAA